ACCGGCAGCGGAUUGCUGUUCCGGCUGCGCAGAAUCGAGGCUCAGAUGGACAAGAAACUCGGCAUCGAGUCCGAAGCCAUCGUCCGCAAGCAAGAGGAAGAUAAGAAGCCGGUUCCGUGGAUAGAGCAGCUGACAAUGGCCUUGCUAUGGGCGAGCGGAACGAUGAAUACGUCUUGCUUCGCAACGGGCUUCCUGGGUGCCGAAUUUGGAUUGAGCCUCAAGCAGGCCAUUCUCGUCACGAUAUUCGCGUCAAUCAUGGGCGGUGCCGUUACCGGCUACUGUGCAACGUUUGGAGCGGCGACAGGGCUACGACAGAUCAGCGUGAGCCGAUACAGCUUCGGCUGGUGGCCGAACAAGCUCAUUGCACUGCUCAACAGCAUUCAGCAGAUGGGAUGGGCGGCAGUGUCCUGUAUUACGGGCGGCCUCGCCCUGACGGCCGUGUCUGAUGGCCAUGUCUCACUGAUUCUCGGCAUUGUUAUCUUGGCGGUGGUGGCGCUGGCCAUCUCCUUCGUUGGCCUAAACGCGAUCCUGGUGUACGAACGAUACGCCUGGAUCAUCUUUUUCGUCAUCUUCAUGAUCAUAUUUGGCGAGAGCGGUCGCUUUGCGGACAACUCUUCACCACCGGCCGCUUCCGGCGCCACGCUGAGCGGAGCGAUUCUCAGUUUGCUGGCCAUCGUCUACGGCUCGAGUGCCUCUUGGUGCACAAUGGUCAGCGACUAUUACGUUCACUAUCCGGCCAACGUCAGCCGACUCAAGGUCUUCCUGAUGACGACUUUUGGAAUCGCAAUCCCGACAUCUAUCGGCAUGGUUGCCGGCUGCGUUGUUGCCUCCGGAUUCAACAACAAGCCCGAAUGGAGUGACGCCUACGACCAGGGUCUGGGCUACCUGAUCCAAGAAGUGCUAUAUCCGCGUGGCUUCGCAAAGUUCUUACUUACUUUGUUAGUCCUCUCCGGCAUCAACACCAACGUCAUCAGCAUCUAUAGCGCUGCCAUUUCGUUCCAGCAGCUUGCUCGGCCGUUUGCAGCGAUCCCCCGCUUCAUUUGGACAAUAUUCUGCUUCCUCUGCAUUCUUGCCCUGGCUCUUGGCGGCCGAGAGCAGUUGAACGCCUACCUGCAGAACUUUCUGAGUCUCCUCGGAUACUGGUGCACUAGCUACGCCAUUAUUCUCUUUCAGGAGCAUUUCAUCUUUCGAAAGGGCAACUUUGCGAACUACGAUCUCGACAACUGGAACAACCCUGCAAAGCUUCCUCUCGGCAUUGGUGCCUCGGUCGCUUUUGGACUCGGCAUUGUUGCCUGGGUCAUGGGCAUGGAUGAGACGUGGUUUAUCGGACCCCUGGCAAAGACGAUUGGAAAGAAUGGCGGCGAUGUUGCGAAUGAGUUUACGUUUGUGAUUACGGCUUUGACUUUCGUGCCAGCGAGAUACCUGGAACUCAAGUAUUUUGGCCGGUAGAGUAGCCGGUCUAAAGAUGGAAAGACCGCCUGUUUUCAGAUACGCGAUUCACGAUAUACCUUGAAGCGAUCUACCUAAAGCAAGAGACACAGUUUGCGUAG